AUGGAGCCGGCUCGGCUCCGCCGAGAGAUCAGGGCAAAGUAUGAAUCGCUCAUCACCCGAAAUCAGAUAAAGACCGUCAGCUCAGCAAGGACGCAGUUAGAAGAAGGUGCAAGUAAAAGAAUGGACAAAGAUGCAGAAGCACUAAAGGCAGCCAGAGCAGAACUGUGUGAAGCCCGACGGCAAUGGCACCACAUGCAGAUCGAAAUCGAGUCUCUCCACGCUGUGGAAAAGGGUUUGGAACGUUCACUGCGGGCCACGGAGCAGCAGUACCACAUGCAGCUACAAAAUUUGGAAGGUGAGAUUGAAUGCUUGGAGAAAGAGUUGUUGGAAGUGAGAAGAGGAAUUGAGAAACAGCUUCGAGAGCAUGAAAUUCUCCUGAACACGAGGAUGAAGCUGGAGGAGGAGAUAGCGACAUAUCGCAGUCUGUUGGAGCAAGAAGAGAGCAGGUUCCGUUGCUCAACACCUGCCCAGAAGGAUGACAAAAAACCCAGCACUAGCAAGAUCACAUUUACGCUGCCUUCAGAGAGUGUAAAGAAGCACAAACCAAAGAAGGUGGAACUGAUGACAAAACAAGCAAUCCUAGAUGGAAAUAUCAUGAAGGAAAGUGCUGAAGCUCAUGGCACUGUACAGACAGAAAAAGUGGAUGAAGUUAUUAAGGAAUGGGAAGGUUCUUUCUUUAAGGACAACCCUCGCUUAAGGAAAAAGUCCGUUUCCUUGCGUUUUGAUCUCCACCUGGCAGCCACAGAGGAAGGGUGUUUGCACACAAAAAAGAAAACCCUCCCCGACAUUGAAGUCAGGCUGGUGAUGAGGAGAUCCUGCAGCAUCCCAUCCAUCAAACCUUAACCUCAGCCAAUUCCCUCAAAGUGCAUCCACAAUGGGCUCCGGAAAUAAACUGUAGAUGGACUCCCACGGCUGCUGUCUGCUACAACCACAACAUCUUACCAAGCACUUGGAUCAAUACAAUAAAACCAUUUAAGUCCUUUAAAAGAAAGGGUGAACAGCAAGGGGGUUCCGAUUCCAAGAAACCCAACUUCUACUGGUUUUAUAUUCUGGGUGCAGCCCUUUCAUAUUCUCAUUGUUGUUGUUUUGUAGAUUUUCACCAAAUAUUACAAAAAUUAAACUAGAACUUUAUAGUUUGACGUAUUCUGCCUUUGUAAAAGAGAACUUGUUCUCUUUCCAAAAAUGAGAAAUGCCUAUUUGCUUCUCUUAAUUAUUCAGUAUUACAUUCAUAUAAUGACUGGUGAAUCCCUGCAAUAAUUUAUAUCACAGCUGUCAUACUUCUAGAAAUAUAUUUUAAAAUAAUACUUUCUAACAGCAAAAAUUACAUAUGAAAAUGCUCUUAAAAUACAUGAACUAUUAACAAAGAGUUUUCUUUUAAAAGUGGCUAUUAUUUUUAAAUUCCCUUUUUUCAGGCAACAACUGAGCAAAAAUGUCUUUCCUCUACAUCCCUAUACAUUCAUUUUAAAAGUGUUGCUACAAUCCAGUAACAUUUUAGCCAUAUUGUUCAGCUGAUUUUGAAGCAGUAAUUUCCCCUGAAAAAUCAAUCAUUUUCUUAUGUGUCCACUACAAGUCUCUUAGCCAAGGCAAAUGAAAUUACUCUCUAAUUGUUCAAAUGGGAGGAAUCAAACAACCAUUUGAAUGCUGGUAUUCCUCUUUUUUUUUUUUU